AUCCAUCAUGACUCGUAUAACCUAAGUCAUCGUCGAUUUGAAACAUGUAGCCGUGUAAUUCUUUCUAAAAAUCCUUGAAACCUACAAGAUAUGCCUUCAAGCACACCUGCCAUAUUUUCAAAUAUCCGCUUGCAAACAUCAAUCAACAUGUCUCCGACUAUUGAAAGCGUUUAAAUUAAAAAUGGAGAAUUUCCCGUUGAAUUUCGUGGCAGAUUUCCUGACGCUGCAUAAUGAAUAUCGCGCCAAUCACGGUUCCUCUCCAUUAGAAAUCGAUGAUAAGUUGAACGAGCGGGCGCAGGAAUGGGCGGACAUAAUAGCGAAAAAAGACGUUCUCGAGUAUAGAUCGGAUCCUGAUUAUGGCGAAAACAUAUACCGAAGUUUCUGGAGGGACUUCCCUUAUGAGAUUAAACCGAAAGAUCCGCUGGAAAUGUGGUACGCAGAGGGUAACUAUUUCAAAUAUGGUGUGUGCGAUGUAAAAGAUUUGCAAUCUGUGCGUCAUUUCACUCAACUAAUUUGGAAGAAUACGGAAUCGAUAGGUCUCGGAUUGGCCAACGAUGACAGCGGCAAAUUUUACUUCGUUUGCAUUUAUUAUCCCCCGGGCAAUGUUGCCGGCGAAUUCGUGGAAAACGUGUUACCACCCACUCAGAAAGAGGAUCAGGAUCAGGAAUUGCCACCGGACGAGGCGAAGGACAUUCGAAAGACCAAGUCGGAUCCGGACGUGGUGAGGUCUAUGGAGCGGAUAUACGCCGUACCAUCGGAAAAGCUGCGUGUCUGGUCUAUUUGGCUCACGAACAUCGGGGAAAUUGCCGACGAAUGGCAGAAGUGGUUACGUGCUCACAUCGAUUUUGUUAUAAGGCUCGCGGAAGAAUUGCAGAAGGCCGAUGAAGCCUUGAAACAGGAGGAGGAUGGAUACCAGCCAAGAAUCGAGCCGAGCGAAGUCGCGGCGGAUCAGGAAGAAGAAGAAGUUCCUCGUCAAGUCGAGGAUUUUGAUCAAGGAACCAUAGAGGAAACGAGCGAAAUUUCCCUGGCUAGAACAGUUACAGAUGUGACGUUAACAACAGAAUCGCGAGAGACUAUAGAAGCAAAAUCGAGAGAAACAUUCAAAGAAGAAUCGGAAGAAACAUCACCAACGAAAUCGGGAGAAAUGUUAACAGCGAAAAGAUCAAACGAAGAAGAAUUCGCGAAGAUUUGGCCCAUAGGCACACCAUGGGAGCAUUCAGGAAUAGAGGAAGAGGAUGACAGCGAGCCGUUCGAACGACUGCCCUUACCGAGGACCGAGGAAGAGAUGAGAGAAUUUCUAAAGAAUUUUACGCACGAGGCGACCAUCUACCGAUCCUAUUAUAAGCAUUGGAAGGACACUGCCGAUCUGGCAAUCAAGGAAGUCGGAGGUAGAUUGGUGAUAGCAACGUUCCUGGUGCAAGGCUUGGACAAGUUUGGCAAAGUGAAGGGUCCGCCUCGUCCAAAACUAUUAGUGAGCCCGAAAUCUGUACGGAUUUCACGUAAGGGUAGAAAGCCUAGGAGAAGUGGGAAACGUGGCACGAAAUCCAGCGGGAUUUCUUUGAAUGAAAAGUCCGAGGGUGACCCGAUUUAUACCGCGCCACAUGAAUCAGCACCACAAACAGUCACGGUCGACGAGGAACAGGAAGAGCAAGAGAAAGAGGAAGAGCAAGAGGAACGGGAAGAGCAAGAGAAACAGGAAGAACGGGAGGAACAGGAGGAGCAGGAAGCUACGUCGACCAGGGAACCAUUGAAGGAAUCGUCAAAAGUAUCAGUGUCUGCAGAAACGAUGGAGAAAACGGCUUCGAAGACUGGCAGGACUACAGUGGACGAGUCGAAGAUUGCUUCUGUAAGGAGCCAAUUCGUAAUGGUGGAGGCUGACGAUUUCGUGAGGGACAAUGCACGUUCUUCCGAGCCUGUGCCUUACAUCUUUUAUUUGACGGCGGAGCCAGAUAUUGACGUAGCCAUAGAACACGAUGACGAAAAGGUCAUUCCAGCGGAUACCGAUCGCGAGCACAUCGUUGGCGCUUACAAACGCCUUUUCUUCAAUCUCACAGACAAACCCUGCAAAGGAGGGAAACCAUGGAUAUAAAAAAAUUAUAGGAAAAUCGAUUAAAUGUCAUAAAAUUACAAGCAAUAAUGAAAGAAAUUUUUGCAGCAACGCAGGUGCAGGCAUCGUUCGUGGCGCCAUUAAAUGUAAAUCGAAUCGAGCGAAAUGGUAAGCGAGUGUAAUCUAGUGGGUAAUUGACAAAUAUUUUCUAUCGGAUACAGACAAAAUUGUGGGAUUGCAGCUAUCGAAAAAGUAACGAACCAUUUGCACAAUAAAAAAUAAUGCAGCUGCAUGGAGCGUUAGCAAAUGUUUGCACAAUCUCUCGACAAUAAUUCAUUUCGUUGCUUGCUGCUCGUGAUACUGAUAUUUAAUAGUACAAAUACCACGAGCGAAAGAAAAAUCCCGAACGAGAACAGAAACUCAUCUUUGGAAUAAUUUCGAUGAAAUCGAACUCGGUUAUGAAUUUUCAAGUAAGAUCAUGGAAUUAAGAUUUCUUUGGUCGAUUUUCUUUAGUAAUUGAUUUUUCGAGCACACGGAGCCUCGUUGCGACUAUCAGAUGGUCGGAUAACAACUACGCGUCGGAGAAAAAUAGCGAAAAAUCGAGUCGUCGCUGGCAAGACAGGUAAUCUUCGAUCGGAAUUUUUCGGUUACGAACUCUGCGCGGUGACUGGUAAUAAAAUUCAUCGAUCAGUUGGAAACAUAAAGUUUGAAACGAGUUUAUGCCAUUUUUCGCGGCAGCUGCCUCUCCUCGUCCCGACAGAUUUCGUCCGCAGGUUGACUGGUGUCUCAUGACGAGCAAACUCUACCACGGCUGCAUUUAGAUUCCGUGUAAUAUCUGGAUUCGACAUCAAAGACGAUGCUUCCUGUCAGAGUCAUCCAACGUAACCGAUGUCGGAUCCACCAACGGCUUAUUAUACAACGUCAAAGCUUAUGUCCGUGUUUGGCCUGUUCUGGCAUAACAGACGUAAUUUUAGCCACAGUUUUCCAUAGAAAUAUAUCUCCCGUAGAAGGUUCAACUGGAAAAUGGAGGAAGAAUUUCGUUCGGUGUUUGUCAGCACUUUGUUCGAUAAUUUCCUUUUCACAAAAAAUUCUUUCGUUCGUUCCUAACCUAUACCAUAAGAUGAUUCUUUCGCCGGUUAGCUCAGAUGCAAUGUCUCCAUAGCGAUAAAAUCAAGUGGAUAUAUAACACGGAGCAAAGUUUGACGUCAUCUAUCAAGUGGCAAGGUUUUGUUUCUAUCAAGAAACACAAAUGUACUUGAUAUUAUACUGUUGUUACUUUUUAAAAAGUGUUUCAUUCAAAAGUUUCCGGUGAUCGCUAAAAGAAUAUCGAUCACUUUGAAACAAUUAAUAUUUCGUGAGUUUUCUUACUUUACUAUGUCUUCCAGAGAUCUUGUCGAUUAAUUUUUUAAUAAGUUCAUUUCGCUAAAUGUUCUUCGGACUGUUAUUCCUGUUUCUCAUUCUACAUUUCACGCGACCUGAUACCAACCUUUCAUUUUUCAAAUUUCGCCCGUCUGCUACGGCUCGAGGUACCUCGAAGAUGUUAACUUCGAUACGAUCGAUCUUAAGAUCUUGUCAUGUCGUAGGAUGACGCACAAAGGGAAUCCGAAUCCUAUGGAAAAGUUGAGAAAGUCGAACGAAGAUCUGUUCGAGUCGUCUUCUCGAGUUACAGCGCAACACCUGUAACGUAUAGUUGGGAAUUUCCCAAGCACAUAAAUCAACAAUGCGGCGAAAAGUAACUGGUCUAUGGACGAACUGCUAGACCGAUGUUUGCCAUGGAACUUUCGAAAUUCUAGAAUUCUGGUUUGUGUCCGAGGCGUCACCUACCGAUGUCGUAGCAAGGGUUCUACAUCGAUCGUUCUUCGCCGCGAUGUUAUAGUUGUCGUUCACUGCGAGCGCUUCAGAGAGACUAAUUAAGAACUACACAGGUGUAAUUAUCGGGAACACAAGGAAACAGGUAGCGUGUACGCUGCGAGGAUCGUACGAGGCGCAUUAUCCAGCGGUGUAAUUAAUUUUGAACGAUACCAAGUUUCAACGUGUCCAUGGUUACCAUGUUCUUGUGUGAGUUCAGGAUAUUUUCUACCAUAGGUAGAAGGUACAUACCAGUCACGAAGAAAGAGAGUAACGCGAUACACGAGAGUCGUGUUAUCGAUUUAAUAUUAAACGAAUAAUAAAAAAAUAUCGUGAAAAUUACGAGUUAUAGCAGAUACAGGAAUUAGACAAUUUUUUACGAUUAUUACACAACUUGAAUAAAAGUACAAUUGAUUUAAACUACAUAGACGAUCGUUAAAACUCGGAGAUUUACUUACAACUCUCUCGGAUUCCAAUCACAUCGUAUUCUUAAGUAACUCGAACACAAUGAGAAGUUCGCCUCGAGGUAUACGUCCAGACGAGCUCUUAUGUGAGAUGAAUUUGGUAUCAUGAUACUUACCCACGUUCAACAGCUUUGAGACAGUGAAAUAUCAUUUCGACAUCUACGCUAUCUGCCAUAGAUAUUAGGACACCU